AUGGGCCGCCCCUCGCGACUCAAACCACGCUUUCCGCGGAUCAAGCCUUCGGACUACCUCGACCAUCCCGAUUGCCCGAAUCAAUACGCCACGAUGCCGCUGUGCCUUGUCACUUUCGGAGGUACGAUCGUCGAUAAAGGAGGACGUAAGAGGCCGAGGAAGGCCAAGACAGAUAUGGAUGCCACUCCCACCACAUCUGCAACGUCAAACGUCGAAACGAGCACGAACCAACGCGUCCCUGUCGCCUCGACCUCAGUCUUCGCCAAUGACCUGAACUUCUCCCACGAUGAUUUCAACGAGGAUUAUGUCAGGGACUUCCCUCUUGCUCAGCAGGCCGAGUAGGAAGACCUAGGGGGAAUGGAUCUUUCCAUGGAGCGCUGGGACCCACCCGACCCCGACUUACAACGCCCAACUCACCAGGAACUCGCACAGGAGGUUUUACCAACUCCCCGCGUCUCCGAUCCGCCGGUUGCCGCUAAGCAAGAAGGUUACUUCAAGUUUAUCACACUCGAGCACGAGCAGCGCGAGGGUCAGCGCGCUGCCCUUUUGGGUCUCUGUCUUGAUUUACGCAUAAGCACCAAUGGGCAGUUUCUGCCGCUCGUUUCGAACAGCGACAAGGACGACUUGAACGUUCCUUCACCAUGCCACUGUCAGCACGUGUAUGCUCGCGAGGUGGUCCUGUACGACGGACUGACCGGUAUGUGUCAUGCCAGCUCCGUUCACCGAUUUGCGCGAUGCAUCUUUUCUCGCCGUUGUCCUGGUAUCACUGACACGUGAAACCCCCUCUGCGCCUUGCCUUUCAGUCUAUUCCAAGCAAGUCACGUUCUGCGCUUCCAAUCCGCCCUGUAUUGCGGAAGCUGUACGCCUGGCUCAACUUGGGUUUAUAGCAUCGACCGCUGUCAACCCAGGAUCAGCGUUCUCCUUCCGCAUGAUCCGCCUAGAAAACUCGCGUUGGCGUAACGCCCCUUACGCCUCACUGGCCACGCUGCAGGCUUCGAAGACUAUUUCGGGGACAACGGGUGGUCGAAACCAGAGCAUUAUCAUGGACACCCAUAUGUGAGCAUUUGUUAUCGGUUUUUUGCCAUGGGUUCUACCUGGACUCAUUUGCUGCCUGAUUGUGGAGCUCAGGAUAAAGAGCUGAGGAAGCAAUGGCAGCGGGCGAUCGACGAGUUUCGCGCCAUCGAAGCAUCUGAGCGCGACGUUGGCGACUUUCUCUUGGGCACCGUCGACGCGCUGGCCAACAAAUGCCCAGCGUGCUUCGGGCCGAAACGGCUCAACCGACCCCAUCACACCCUCCAACUGGAUUAUAUGAUCGCGCUCGACGGCAACUUCCAGCAAACCCGAGAAAAUAAUGCGACAUACGACGUCCAAGGAAUAGUGCCGAGCUUGUUUCUGUCUGAUAAAGCCGUCCUGGACAUGAAAGCACUCGUCGAGAAUACAGCGCGGCCAACGAAGAAGGUGAGGAGCGUGAUAUAUUUGCGAUCCGCCUCGAAUACUGAGUAAUAUCGCUCCGGCCCCGUCGGAAGGCGUGCACAGAGUCGUGGAAGGCUGCUGACGGGGGCGCUGGUCGAGUCUCGUCGCGCAAGAUCGAUACAGGACUUGUCGCCGGCGUGUGCCGCCAUGAUAUCGCUCUAAAAAUGGUGAAUCUUGAGAAGACCGGCGAAAAGUGAGUGUAUUGAGCUUAUGUUCUUCAACUCCAACUUGUCAAUAUAUUGCUGUUUCAUCCCACUGGUAUUCCCGAUUAUGAUUAGUUACUAGUUGUUGAUAUUAGUCGCCCCGCGCGUCUCGAGCCUGCCUCGCGCGCGCUCCCUUAGCGCUUAUCUUCUUUCUCCAACUAUCUUUACUAUCUUCAUCGGCUCUCGUACUUACGCACUUCGUGCCUCGGCCUCAGUUUCUGAAACAACUUGCAUUUUUACUUUCACUGCUGAUGCUCAUGCCUGCGCUCCAAUCACCUAGGCUGUACUUCGCUUUAGCCAUUGUCAAGCACAUCUCGGACCAUCUUCCCCCAGAUGCUAGGAUUGGAAUUUUGUACGACAUCGCUUGUAAUUUCAAGCACCACAUUGAGAAGGAUUGCAUUGACCACCUCGGCUCGGGCCCCUCUCCGAUAUGUCGUUGCUGAUCAUAUGGGCUUUGUGUUUCAACCUUUUCAGAGGCAUCUGCUGCCUGAGCUGUUUGAGCGACUCGAGUUCGCCACAAGUGUCUUCCAUGCAUACGCCCAUACCUGGGGUUGCCAGGUUGACUACAACCCCCGUCUCAUCCCGAACUUUGGAUUCACUGAUGGAGAAGGUUGUGAGCGACUAUGGAGCGCGCUGCGCUCCCUCAUCCCCAUCAAUCGUCCAUCAAAUAAGUCCCACCGCCUCGUCAAUUUGGCGGUCCGCACGCAGGCAGUGAACGACGCGAACGUCUCAAGGCUUGGUCAGUGCUCCGCAGUCGCCGCUUCGUCUUUCGCCGCAUUGACUCUUUGCACACGACUAGGGUCCUGGUUCACCCGCCGACUUCGCUCAGCCAAGGCUCGGAGCACUGCUGCUCGAAAGGAACUUGACGCCGUUAUCGCCCACGAUGCCACCUGGUCGGAGGAGGCGCUCCGCGUCGCUUGGCAAGACCAGCGACAAGCGCAAGCGUCGAAAACAGCUACGCAGGAAGCUGAGGAAGAUCGUUUGAGGGAAAGCGAGCUUUAUAAACUUGCUGAGGAACUUUACAGGAUUGACUGCAUCAUGUACGUGCUUGGUGAUAACUACUUGAGCUUGAGCUUGUCCUUCGUUCUCACUGACUCAUCAUCUUGCUGAGCAGUGACGAGUCUGAACCAGAAGCGCUUGUGGGGCUGAAUUCGAAGCACGAUCGUCUUGCAAGGGAGAUCGAUCAAGCAGCAAUUGUCCAACUGCAAAGAAGUGGGACAAGCCCCGCAUCUCGCCCACAGGUUGGCCUUAAUUCUCUUACUUAGUUUUCCCUGUUCCUGAUUGCGAUGACGUGCCUAUUUGCUUCACAGAGCUUCGUCACUUGUGCCAGUGUUCCGUUGCGCUGCGCAAGCUUCAUCGAGAAGUGAUUGCCUACAAAACUAGCCGUGAAAAUUUGCUAUCGACGCGUCGCGGCAGGGGCGGGUCAACACUUGGUCAGAGAGAGGCCAACAAAGUUCGCAAAACGGAAGUCAAGACUCACUCUGGCGCUGAAAAGGCACGUAAGGCAUACAACAAGGCUGUCAACGCGUUUCGAACGGCAGGCGGAUCAUCACCAUCGCACCUCCUCAACAAUCUUCCAUCAGUCGGUAGCCUAGCAUCGAUUCUUGAUCUUGAAGACACGGAUUUCUUCUGGCAAGACGGGUUUUUCACGCAUGUUGAAGCUGCUUGGGCCACCGAUCCGUGGGUUAAACGGGGCAUCGUUGCUGUGCGUGACCUGGAUCGAGCUGCGGAGGAGUUCGCUCGGAUUGGCGCCGAGGUGCGACAAACCCUUGCUUGGCUCGAAGACGAGCACGACCUCAUCUCUAGUCGCCAAGCACUUUGGCUAAGCGCGACAGGUCAGUUGUCAGUCGAACGUUACUCCACUAGUCUAGAUGCUGAUACGUUCUUGAUAACACAAACAGAUUCCGCUCCAACGAUUUAUGACCAUGAUCGUGUUGAACGCGCAUUUGGCAGUACCGUCUACGCAACGAUCCGGGACCGUGCCCUCGUCAUUCUGGAAGCUCGGAUGAGGGCUCUUCAAAAGCGCGAACGAGACUGGUUCCGCGAUAGCACUUUCUUACUGCUGUGGUACACGACCAGAGGACCAGCGGAUACGCACGAACCAGUCCCUCGAGCUCUGAAGCGUCUCACCCCGCAUCUGCUGUUGAACCCGGGCAACGUCUCCAAGACGACAACAGCUACUGGAGCUGGCGCGCGUAGUGUUGCGCCUCGGGAGGACGCAUCGGGCGCCUAUGCAGCGCCGUCCGAGUCGUUCCGGACCACCGAUGACGAUCGUCUGCUCGCGCGGCGCAUCACGGAGCAGCUGGAUGCUGACAUGAAUGUAGAAGGCGCAAAGGCUUUGCAUGAGAUGCUGGAGCAGCAAGAGGGCAUGCUAUACGAUUCGGACAGCUCUGAUGAUCUGGUUCCCGAUGAGGAGCGUUCUUUGUCGGACUCUGACUCGGAAGAAUGA